CUUCGACGCGCUAUACUUCUGAAAACGAGGUGCAUGAGCGCAGUCUCUCAUAACCGUACUAACCGGCAAAUCUACUGUUCUUGCAGUCAAAAUGGAGCAUGCAGACGUCCCCGAGCGAUCUUCAGCUUCGCCGUCGCCUCCACCAUCCCCUAUCCUCGACCGUCCCGCAUCACCAGAGCUACCCUUGACCAUGACAGCCUCGGCCGUUCUCACAGGCCUGCCGCAUGACGCAAGCUCUGCUCUUGCCAGCGCUGGCGAAUUCGACCAAGCAAAGGUCGUCGUCCGCUUCAAGGCCGUCGGUUCUGCGCCCCAGCUUCAGAGCGCCGUUCGCAAGAUCAGUGCGGCUCAGAAAUUCGAGGCUGUCGUGGUAUUCCUGCGCAAGGCAUUGCGAGUUCCUGCCAAUGAGGGCCUGUUUCUCUACGUAAAUAGUGCAUUCGCCCCUGCACUGGAUGAAGUCGUGGGGAACCUGCACCGGUGCUUUAAGGAUUCUAAUGAUCAGUUGAUCGUGGCGUAUUCUAUCACACCUGCGUUUGGCUAAAACACAACCUCUAUCUCGUCUCUCAUCAAAGACAUGUAGCAAUGGUAUCCCACAACGCCCCAUAAUGUUAAUGCUAAAUCAUUCAUGUCAACCGA